AUGAACACCCAGACCACACGGUGGCCAAAAGAUCUGGCGAUCUUGACUGCUUUUUCUGGGAGAAUUUGUGGAUCCUCACCGUGGACAUGUAGGACAGCAUGGAGCUGCCAUCUUUACCAUGCGAUUCACGUCCGGGAAGCCCCUCCGCAUCGGAGAAAUCUUCAGCGUACAAAAACACAAACCUGCGGGAAAUCCUGCAAAACUUACACUUCAGAGAUGAUAUUGCAGCAUUGUUCUUCACAUUUGGAGACCACUUUCCAAGACAAGCUGGCUUUGCUGAUGACUGAAAUAAGUCAAACAGGCCGCAGAGUAGCAGACCUGGAGGAAGACAGGGAGGGGAUUCAGCAACAAAAUGCAAAUGGUAGAAUUGAUCCAAAUGGCUACAAAUUCGAGACUCACUCACAUGAUGAGACAGCUCGACGACAUCGAUAA